UCCCCUCCACGCCACAACCCCCGCUUUCCUUUCUCGUCCCCCGCUCCUCCCACCCUCGGCUCCCGCCUCCCCAAACCCUAGCGGCCUCCCUCCUCGGGGGCGGCCUCCUCCGCGGAUCCAGGGCGGGGAGGUUAGGAAGAAAAGGAGGGCGCGCCGGCGGGGGCCAGGAUGGACGGGCCCAAGCGGCAGCUGCGGGUGCGCCUCCGCGUCACGGCGCGCCGGCGGGGCGGCGACGGCGCGGACGGGGGCCGCCCCGGCGCGGGGGCCGGCGCGGCCGGGCGGAAGCGCCGCCUCGACGCGCCCGCCCUCAACUCCGCCGCCAAGCUGCAGCGCCGCGAGAUCGGGUGCCGCCAGCUCGCCGCGCGCGGCGGCGGGCCCGCGGCCGCCGUGCCCGAGCGCUUCCGGAACAUGCGGCUCCAGGAAGAGUUUGAUACAUAUGAUGACAACGCUCACCUAUUUGUGAAGCUGCAGUUUCUUAGAAGACGAUCCAAAAUUAUUGAGAUUGUUGCAGCGAAGGAUAUCAUAUUUGCCCUGGCUCAUUCUGGUCUUUGUGCUGCUUUCAACCGAGUAACAAACAAGCGCAUAUCCUUCUUGAAUUUAAGCCCAGAUGAAGUGAUUCGGAGUUUGUUCUACAACAAGAACAAUGAUUCACUUAUUACUGUAUCAGUUUAUGCAUCUGACAAUUUCAGUACAUUGAAGUGUAGAACAACCCCAAUUGAGUAUAUUAGAAGGAAUCAAUUAGAUGCUGGGUUUCCUCUGUUUGAAUCGGAAUCUCUGAAGUGGCCUGGAUUUGUGGAGUUUGAUGAUGUAAAUGGAAAAGUACUUACAUAUUCAGCACAGGAUGGUAUCUAUAAGGUCUUUGACUUGAAGAACUACUCCUUUCUAUAUUCAAUACCAGAUGAAAAUGUCCAGGAGAUAAAGAUCAGUCCAGGAAUCAUGCUCUUGAUAUAUGAUAGAACACCGAGUUAUGUUCCAUUGAAGAUAUUAUCAAUUGAAGAUGGGAAGCCACUGAAAUUUUUUAAGCACUUGUUGCACCGCAACAAGAAAAUUGAUUUCAUUGAGCAGUUCAAUGAGAAGCUUCUUGUCAAGCAAGAGGAUGAAAACUUCCAGAUACUUGAUGUGCGGACUUCUGAGCUAAUUGAAGUCAGUGUCUCCAAGUUUAUGACCCCUUCAGCAUUCAUUUUUCUUUAUGAGAACAAUCUCUUCUUGACAUUCCGAAACAGAACAGUCGCUGUAUGGAACUUUCGGGGAGAGCUUGUGACUUCAUUUGAAGACCAUUUGCUUUGGCAUCAUGAUUGUAGCACCAACAAUAUUUACAUUACUAGUGACCAGGAUCUGAUUAUCUCGUACUGCAAAUCAGAGGUGGUGGCGGAGGAUGGUACAGUUACUCCAAUUGGAUCCAUCAACAUGAGUGAGAUUAUGACAGGCAAGUGCAUUGCCAAGAUCGCUGCCAGCGACCCUGCCCUCAAUGUCACCCCUCGCAGACACAAUCGCAAGAAGCAGUCCUCAGUCUGGAGCACAGUUCCAGAAGCUCUGGAGGAUGUCACAGCGCUGUUCUACGACGAGGACAGGAAUGAGAUCUACACCGGCAACAGCCAUGGCCUGGUCCAUGUGUGGUCUAACUAGAUGGUAACAUGUACAUAGUUUCGCCCUUUUGAUUCUGACAUGAAGAUCUUAUUAGCUUUACUGCAUUCUGUAUAAUCCCUGACCCAGGGCUCACCUAGUUUUUGUAUUUGUCAAUAGAAUGUGUUUCCUUGAGCAAUUGUGAGAACGCAAAGUGUUCUUGUAAAUAUUUAUUUGUUUUAUAUUGUAAUGGCAUCUACCAUGUUUUAUUAA